CAACCACAACGCACGUAAAUACAGAGCGGGGCGCUCUGAAUCAAGUUACGGAAGUCUCUCACAUCAGCUGGUAGUGUUGUUGAUCUGCCAUUUAAAAAUAUAUAUCGUAGCUGUUUAUUGACUGUAAAUAAUCAAACUUUGUUGAAUAUGGUGCGAGACAGUAGAUAUAAGUCCACGCGCCGCUGGUAAUGUAACCGGAAGUCUUUGUGGCUAAGUUUGUAAUCCAAGGUCGCGGCCCCUGUGGCAGAUGGAGGAGCUGUACACGUUAGAGAGGGAGGUCGGACGAGGCAGCUAUGGUGUGGUCUUUGAGGGCCAUAUGGCCAAAACGGGACAGAGGGUGGCUAUCAAGCGGCUGCCCUGUAGUAACCCGGAGUGCAUCGAACUCUACCUGCAAGAGCUGUGGGCCAUGAGAGCCACCGCCAUGAACCACGUCAACGUGAUUGCACUGCACAGCUGCCUCCUGCAGACCGGGCCGAGGACCCUGAAGCCCCUAAAUCCAGGGAAGGUGCCUCAGCGCCUGGUCGAGAGCGUGCUGAAGGGCAGGGUAGCCGGAGCAGCACAAAGUCAAGAGGGGGAUGACGCCCAGCGGGGGAGUAGCCCUGCCCCAGGACUUCAGGACAGGACAAACUCUCUUCAGGGCAAGACCAAAUCCAGUGCAUCUGAUUCUACAACCCCACACAGGCCUCAGAACAGAGUCAGGAAGAGGCCGGCCCCGAGGGAGGAAGAGGAGCCGCAGACACCCACACACUGCUUGGCCCUGUGGUUGGUCAUGGAGUACUGUGAUGGGGGGGACUUGAAUCGGUACCUGCUCUCCAGGCCACCGGACUGCACGCGUAACCGCAGCGUGGUGGGACAACUCUGCAGUGCCGUGGCCUUUCUGCACAGUCUGGGUAUCACCCACCGAGACCUGAAGCCCGACAACGUGCUGGUCUGCGUGACACCGGGGGGCCCUGUCGUCAAGGUGGCGGACUUCGGCCUAAGCAAGAUGAGCGAGGGCCCAGUGGACGGCGAGCUGACCAGGCAACAUUACUCCUCCACCUGCGGCUCUGACUUCUACAUGGCGCCAGAGGUGUGGGGCGGCCUCACCUACACAGCCCAGGCGGACAUCUUCUCCCUGGGUGUGAUGUUCUGGGCCGUCCUGGAGAGAAUCACCUUCCUGGAAGAGGGGGCCAAGCAGGAACAACUGGGUGCCUACGUGUGCCGGGGUCGCUGGUUGAUGCCGCUGGGAGAGGCUCUGUGGGAGAACGCCAACCUCCAGCUGUGCAUCCCCACCAAGUUUAAGAGGGCGUCCCCGCUGCCCCCGCCUCCCGGUGCCGCCAUGAGCACCCUGCUUCUCAACAUGCUCGCCUCUGACCCGGAAGCUCGGCCCCUGGCCGACCAGCUGGAGACCAGAGUGAGCGCCGCUCUCAAAGAAGACGCCCGCUGACUAAGUGCACUUAAGAGACCGGAAUGGCAUGUCAGGUCAGGUCAGAAGUGUGUGAUUAGAUGGGAUUGGAGGUGUGUUUCUUUUUGCUAAAACAGCUCAAUUUCUAAACUGUGUAGGAAACCACAUAAAAGGGAAAAGGAACAUUCAAGUCCAUAGAGACUAGAGGGACUUUGCCACGCUGAGGCCUUGAAUGCUCGACAUAGAAAACCAAUCUGAGCGUUUCAUCCGUGAGGGACGACUGCUCUGCUCGUCCGGAGACUCCAUCUGCUUCUUUCUGGGCUUGAGUUUUACCUGAGUUGUGGACAUCAAGCUUUUUAUUUGUUCAAGUAACUGUUGCGAACAUUGAAUUAUUUUGUGACUAAUCUUGCCCAAAUAUUUCCUCCACACAUUGCUAGAAUGGAUCUUCCAGGUGUCUUUAAUCUGGGCGGUGGGUGUAAAUAAAUCCUUUUGUAAUUCGGGACUAGACACGGUCUUAACUGUCGGCGCUGAGUCAGCAACAGGUGUCAAGUGUGGUGUUUUUCCUCCAAAUACAUUGUGUGUAAAUAAAUUAGUUGGAGUACAGCCUCAAA